UCGUUUAGGGCCUGGCGUGUAUUUGCCGCGACCUGGUGCCCGUGUCCCCAAGAACUCUUCGAACUGUACUCUCGCCAAUCGCCAACCCCCCCUCCCUCUCUCUCUCGCUCUCGCAGGUUCGAUCCCUCGUCUUUCCAACGGGUAACCGCGCUUCCUCGCGCAUGGAGCAGGUUUCGAGUGGAAAUGGCAUAGAUAGGAACAAAGCAAUGGUGGAGCAGUUGCAGCGCUAUGGCAUUUUUAAUUCAAAGAAAGUUGCUGAAGCAAUGGAGAAAGUUGAUAGGGGUUUAUUCGUUCCUGCUGGGACUCCAGCUUAUGUUGACAGCCCCAUGGCAAUUGGGUACAACGUCACCAUUUCUGCUCCUCAUAUGCAUGCGAUGUGCCUUCAGUUGCUGGAGAAGAAUUUGCAGCCCGGCAUGCAUGCUCUAGAUAUUGGCUCAGGUACGGGCUAUUUGACAGCAUGCUUUGCACUGAUGGUUGGACCAGAAGGUCGAGCUGUUGGUGUGGAACACAUUCCUGAACUGGUUACUUCUUCAAUCAAGAAUAUUGAAAAAAGUGAGGCAGCAUCGUUGUUGAAACAAGGCUCCCUAUCCAUCAAUGUUGGUGAUGGCAGACAAGGUUGGCCAGAGUUUGCUGCUUAUGAUGCCAUUCAUGUCGGGGCAGCUGCGAGAGAAAUACCACAGCCACUUAUUGACCAGUUGAAGCCGGGAGGGAGGAUGGUGAUUCCUGUAGGAAAUGUAUUUCAGGAUUUAAAAGUGGUGGACAAGAACUUGGAUGGAAGCCUGAGCAUUCGGAAUGAGACUUCUGUACGUUAUGUUCCCCUCACGAGUAGAGACGCUCAGCUACGGGGCACUUGAGAUUUGAAUUGAUAUACAGCCCCGGCAUCAUCAGGCAGUACCAGGAGAGGCUGUUGUGAUGAACUUCAUGUACAGGUUCUCUGCCUGCCGGCCCUAUUUGAUGUUGUACCCUACUAGCUUGUGGGAGGUUGCACAGAUGUUUAUUGUUCAUGGUAAUAUUGCAUCCUAUUGUUGUAAAUUUCUCAUGUAUCAAGGACUACUGCAGAAUAAUGAUAUGCCGAGGAAAUGCAGUUUGUACAUG